CGUAUAUAAUAAUCGUGUCGCCAGAGGCUAACAGCCACAGCAGACUUAAACCUCCUCACGAGUCGACUGGGUCCAACACACUGGACCGAGCAGGUGUCACAUUCAUUCUAAGGAAGUGUUUUUUUUUAAGCGAAAAAGUUUUAUCACAAAGAUACUCAAAGAUGUCUAUUUUACCUGAUGAGGCGGUGUUUGCUGACUUUAAAAAGCAGUGUUUGUCUACGGACAAUUGGGCCAACAAGUACGAUAAGGAGGGGAUGCAAGUGUGGGUCGAAACUUCUACUUCCCAAAAAAAGAAUCCUGUUCACAAAAUCAAGUGUAAAAUGACAAUGAAAGAUGUAUCAGCUGCCACAAUGUACGACGUCCUUCACGAUAGCCAGUACCGUAAGAAGUGGGACCCCGCCAUGUUGGACACUUUUGACAUUGCCCGGCUCUCUGCUAAUGCCGAUGUGGGAUAUUACUCAUGGCUGUGUCCAAAGCCCAUAAAGAACAGAGAUGUGGUGAGCCUGCGUUCCUGGAAGGUGACGGAGGAAGAGUACAUCAUCGUUAACUUCUCAGUCAAACAUCCGAAAUACCCUCCUCGCAGUGAUCUUGUGAGGGCCAUUUCCGUCCUCACAGGAUAUUUCAUCAAGCCCAUUGGACCAAACAGCUGCACUUUCAUAUACCUUUCACAAGCUGACCCCAAAGGUUCUCUUCCAAAGUGGGUUGGAAACCAAGCUUCUAAAGUACUCGCUCCCAGGGUGAUGAGGAGUGUACACGAGGCGGGACAGAACUACCAACAGUGGAAAGGGCAGAACUCUCCGGCCCAGAAGCCCUGGUUGUGCCCGGAGCAGAACGUCCUGCCCAUGAUGGACCCGGGCGAGCUGUCCAUACAGAGAGCAGACUCGCUAGAAAACGUGGACGAGAGUUCAAAGAUCUCCACUCAGGAGUGCGAAGACAGCAGUUAAACCAUAUCUAAGUGAUGUGAGGAAGGGUGGUCUAAGAGGGUGAGACCGGAGGACGGACUGUGUAUAUACUGACAACUUUAAUAAGACUUGGGACCUCCCACUCUCUGUGAAGUCGCCCUUAGGCUCACAAAUAUUGAUAUGGUUUUCCAAACGCCACGUGCCUUUUGGGAUGAGCAUAAAGUGUUUACAGAUUUCUUACCAGGCAGAAGUGAAAUUGCCAUUCAUCUCGUUCUAUGUUGAUCCAAGCUAAACAUCAUGCCAGUGUUUUAAGCAAACUAUUGUUUUAAGAACUAUAUUUUUUACAUUGUAAAGGAUUUGCGGUGUCAGGGUUUUAAAUGUAUCAAAGUUACAGCACUACAUUUACAAUAGGUUCUCUGUCAGCUGUUUUUUAAAGCUAUUUAAAAAAAGAUAUGAAGUGUGGUUCUCCACUUUGCCUUUACAAGUGACUGUGAACGGAAAUAAGAUGAGUUACUGUAAGUGGUGAAAAUAGAGUGAAGUGAAAUCAUUAUUUUUCUUUAUUGUAUAUCAGAUCAAAAUUAGGAGCCUGAUGGUCACUUUUAUUUAGUUUAUUCACAUUGAGGCUGGUUGCAGAUCACAGUAUGAUGAGCUCAGCAUAAAACCUUUGAAGGUGAAGGGUUCAGGGUUGCACAGCUCUGGGCGUCAACCUGUUAUCUGUUUUUCAGAAACACAAUGUUAUCUAGCCAAAUGCAAAAGAAAAGACACUUAUUAAAUGUGAAAAUUGUAUUUAAUAACCAUUAGCUCAUUUUAUUUAGACAUGAUUAGUGACGCUGUGUUUAUAUCAUUCAUAUGUAAUAAGAAGACUGUUUGAAGGUUCGUUGUAUUUCUCUUUUACCAUCAAAGGUUUAUGCAAUGUAAUUCUUUAUGUUAAACAGACCCAAGUAUGCAUUGGCAAUCUGUUUCGGUUGAUGUAAAAUGUACAUACCAAGUUUGCAUGUUGUCAGUUGACUUAAACUGAAAGACUGGACAAGGAAAUGUUUUGUUUUUUUAUGUAUUUUUGAAGUUUUUUUGUGCACUCAAGUCAUCGUGAUGGAGUAAACAUGCUGGAAUGAAG